AUGGCACAGUGGGACCGCGUGCUUUGGGGGCCUAGUGGUCAUCAGGCGCACGGGUUCGAAUCCUGGCUACGGUCCGAGGUGGCCGGAAAUUGGUACCAGAGACACUGGUGCACCUGCCAAGCAUCCCACGGGAAGAACAAGACCCCCACCACCCCCACUGACUCUGGGGAGGGCAAGUACAAACCCAUCAACGGCGCCCAGUCCCCGUCCCAGGCCCCAACCAGCCCCAUCUCGCCCGCCCCGAACGUGACGCCCUCCUUCCAGCCGCCCGCAGCCCCCCAGCCCGGCGGUGGAGGCGGCGGAGGUGGCGGGGUCUCGCUAACACACACGGCACCGCCCUCGCAGAAGGAGGCAGGCCGUAAGAGCAAAGAGUUGGUGGUGGUGGCUGGUGGGAAAGACUCCCGCAGCUCCAGCAGGGAUACGGCAAGUCUUAGCCCGGAGCCCUCAGGUCCUACACGAGCCCCCAAACUCUCCUCUAAUCCCAUCAUGCCGCGCACCGAGAAGCCCUUUGACAGUAAGUGUUCUGUAAUGUGCACCUGUAUCUACCUGUUCUACUUUCCCACCUGGCCGUGUGGUCACCCUAAGGUACUGUGUGUUUUUGUAUCUGGCUAUUAUUAUUGUUACGUAUUUAGGAAGAGUGGACAGGGGCAAACAAUAUCCGUAAAAAAAAGUAAUUUAAAUCUUCUCCCCCCCAAAAAAAAAGGAAAGAAAAGGAAAAAAAAAUUAGAAGAUUAGAGAGAAAUCCUAAUUUAUUUACUCAUUUAUUUAUUUAUUUAUUUUUCUGACGUGUGUCUUUAUUCUCCUCAUGCAGCAUCUUUAAUUUUCUUCCGUCUAUUAUGACUAUCAGAUCAGAACCGUGAGUCUUUACAAGUGAAUGCCACACGUUUGCUUAACCAUUGCAUCUCGCCCUUAACCAGAAACACCCAAAGAAACAAGUAUAGAGGAAAAUAUUAUUGUCUUUUGAACCUUUCAUCAUUAGCGGCUGGUGGAGGGAAGGAGACUGAAAUGGUGGCAGUCACGUAUUAAAAUGAUGCUAGAAUGAAAGGAAGGAAGGAAUAGCAUUGUUUGUGAAGAGGGGAACUGAAGAAUGAAUGAAUUAUAUAGUCUUGUGAAUGGCUAGUGAAGGAGAGACAGUGAAUUAGUUGCAGUCACGUUUUGGAAUGAUGCUAGAAUGAAAGGAAGGAAGGAAUAGCAUUGUUUGUGAAGAGGGGAACUGAAGAAUGAAUGAAUUAUAUAGUCUUGUGAGCUUUUUCGCCAAUAGUGAUAGUGAAGAGGAGGAGACAGUGACGUAUUGAAGUAAUGCUAGAAUGACAAGAGAAAAUCAAGGUAAAGUAUUGUGUUUUUGUAGAGAGGAAAUAAAGAAUGAAUGGACCGAACUGCUGAAUAUCUUGUGAACUUUUCGUAAAUAAAGGCCAGUGGAGGAGGAGGGAAUAGUGAAAUGUUACCACUGACGUAUUGAAGUGAUUAGAAUGAAGGAAGGGAAGGAAUAUGUUUGUGUAUGCGAAGAAGGAAACUAAAUAAUGAAUGAACUGAAUAAUACUGACGGAAAUAAUAAGAAUAUGAAUAAUAAGUAGAAUAUUAGUGAGGAAUGAAGGGUUAAAGAUGCAAAAUUAAAUCAGAGAGAGAGAGAGAGAGAGAGAGAGAGAGAGAGAGAGAGAGAGAGAGAGAGAGAGAGAGAGAGAGAGAGAGAGAGACUCAAUUUUGAUUAAGCUGCUGUUCAGGGUUGGCGUCUUCUAGUCUUGGGGAAGGAAGGAGAAGGAGGAGGAGGAGGAGGAGGUGGUCAGUCUCUUGAAGCCAUUGAU